AUGGCAGCGAGGAAGUGCAGCAGGUUCCAGUUUGAGUGCCACAGCGGCGAGUGUAUAGCCAUCUACAACGCAUGUGAUGGCAUCCCACAGUGCCAAGACAACACUGAUGAAGACCCGGCACUCGGAUGCCCUGCUGCCUCAACGGAAGGUGCGCCAUCUGUGAGACGACUGGGCGACGGGGCAGCUGGUGGCAGUGGUGAAGCCGUGCAGCCACCUGCUGCCACCUGGGACAACGUGGCACCUGCCAAGAGCGAUCCCAGGUCGAGUGUGGACGUGUGGCAAGGCGGCUCCCGCUUCCCUAACUCCGGCCAGGGGUACCCACCUGGUAUCUUCAGUCAUCGACCAACCAUACUCGACACCUACAGCCCAUACCAGCCGUCAGUGGGGAGUCAGUCAUUAAUCCACUGGAGUCAAAAUGUGCGUCUAUAUGUGAAAGUUGCUUAG